AUGUCACUUCCUCGGCUACUGCGCACGCCCUGCGCACGAGGUCUCACAACAGCAACCUUCACACCGCCUUCCACACGUCUACUACUACUAUCACCCGCGUCCAGACACUUCUCACUGUCUCGCAGGAGGCCGGAAGCUCUAGCACUCGACGAUGACCUCCACUCCAAGCUCCCCGGAAUCGACCCUUCGAAAGUCGAAAUCACAAACACAAUCACCCCGAAGGCCCUCGUGGCGAACCAAGAUCUUGUCUUUGGGAGAACGUUCACAGACCACAUGCUCUCUAUAGAAUGGACGGCCUCCCAAGGCUGGCUGGCACCACGAAUCACCCCGUACCAGAACCUCUCUCUCGACCCGGCGACGUGCGUGUUCCACUACGCGUUUGAAUGCUUCGAGGGCAUGAAGGCGUACAAGUGCGCCAAAGACAACUCGCUGCGCCUGUUCCGGCCGGACAAGAACAUGGCGCGCAUGAACAAGUCGGCGGCGCGCAUUGCCCUGCCGACGUUCGACGGCGACAAGCUGACGGAGCUGAUCGGGCGGCUGUGCCGGCUCGACGAAAGAUUCAUCUCGUCCGAAAAGGGAUACUCGCUCUACAUCCGCCCGACGCUGAUCGGGACGCAGCGCACGCUCGGCGUCGGACCCCCGGGGUCAGCGCUGCUGUACGUGAUCGCGUCGCCCGUGGGGCCCUACUACCCGACGGGGUUCAAGGCCAUCUCGCUCGAGGCGACCGACUACGCGGUCCGCGCGUGGCCGGGCGGCGUGGGCGACAAGAAACUCGGGGCCAACUACGCCCCGUGCAUCGUGCCGCAGCUCAUGGCGGCCAAGAAGGGCCUGCACCAGAACCUGUGGCUGUUUGGGCCCGAGGAGUUCAUCACCGAGGUCGGCACCAUGAACCUGUUUGUGUGCAUCAAGGACAAGGAGACGGGCCAGAACGAACUGCUCACGGCGCCGCUGGACGGGACGAUCCUCGAGGGCGUCACGCGGGACUCUGUGCUCACGCUGGCCCGCGAGCGGCUGGAGCCUGAAGGGUGGAAGGUCGUGGAGAGAUACGUCAAGAUGCAGGAACUCGCCGACGCAGAGGCCGAGGGGCGGCUGAUCGAGGUGUUUGGCGCCGGCACCGCGGCCAUCGUGGCACCCGUGAGGAAGGUCCACUGGAAAGACCGCGUGAUAGACUGCGGUCUGGCACCGACCGAAGAGGCAGGCGAGGUCGCCCUCAGAAUGAAGGGCUGGAUAGAGGGUAUACAGUAUGGUGACGAGGAUCACCCUUGGAGUGUAAAGAUUUGA